UCAAAGUCGAAGCGUCUGUCGUGUAGCAGACACUUUUACAAACGGUGGGCCCAUUUCCCGCUCUUUUACAACGCGGGAACAGUGUCUAAUGUGGACGCUUUAUUUUGCUGUCCUUGGAGGAAACAUUCUCAAGUGCCGAAUGCCAAAGAUGGAGGCUCAGCUCUCGGUGGUAUGUGUUCUGUUUGCCCUGGCGGCUCUGCCAUCAGUAAACGGUUACCUCUUCGAUUACGGAGGAACGUCAAGAGACAGCGUCCUCCCAACCCAGAACGACGUCAGCGUCGAAGUCAAACUGGCCAGCCCCUUUACGUACUACGGGAAGAAAUAUGACUCAAUCUUUAUCAACGACAACGGUGUCCUAUCAUUCGGGAAAAAAUUUGACCAGUACGUAUGGGAAACACUUCCACUGUUCAAGCAACCGGACGACAGAAAUGUUCUAAUUGCUCCGCUCUUAGCGGACGUUGACGUGACCAACACGGGCACAAUUUUCUACGGACAGGCAAGAGAGGGGCGCGUGCUUCAGGACGCUACGGCCCUCGUCAGCCAGUACUUCGUCCGGCACAGCGACUUCAAGCCCAAGAACAUGUUGAUUGUGACCUGGGAUAAAGUCGGGUUUCAAGGGUCGACAGCUGAAGACCCAGUGACGAACACUUUUCAGUGUGUUGUGAUAUCAGACGCGAUCAACACCUUUGCGUUCUUUCUCUACGAAGACAUAAGCUGGACGACCGCCGUCUCUGCCGGCGGUGAUCCGCAAACGGGCUCAGGGUCCGACCUCCCGCAGGUUGGCUUCGAUUCUGGUGAUUGGAGAAAUUACGAGAUUCUCAGAGUGCAGAGUGACUAUGGUGGUUUCUCCAGUCUGCCACUUACGUCCAACGUCGACCCCGCCAUACCACCUGGGCUAUUCAUUUUUCACGUGUCUGGGUCACAGGUGGAAUCCCCGGAGUGUUCGAGGAAAGCUGACCCACAAGUCUACCCUAGAUACGCCAGCAUACUAGGCGGCUCCAAGCUCACCUUCGGCGGUUCCUGCUUCAGUAAGAACGACGACAUCAAGUUCCGGUUCAGUGACAAGGACGACCCAAACCUGGCCCUUUCGGACCCCGAUGGCUGUGAGUUCGUCAGCGCGUACCAGGCGACCUGCAUCGCGCCCAUGAUGUAUCGCAUAGGGGAAGUCAAGGCCUCGCUGUCCAUAAACAGUGGCACCUGGAGACACACCAGCUUCACACUGAUGCCCAUCGACUCAGUGCCACCAGGCGUGCUACGCGUGGACCCCUGGACGGAGAAGUGGUACAGUGCCACCGACGAAAACGUGCAGAUCACCUGGGAUAAGUCCGUGUUCAACGACACGGUCAAUGUCACCGUGAUGAGUUACCGGGAAAAGACCGCAGGAAACCCCGAAUGGGUGUACACCCUGGUCGGAGGCGACGUCCCCAACAGCGGUGCCUAUACCAUCCAAGUCGGCGCCAACCCGGCCAUAACUCCUGAUAAUGUUAUGGGGGUCCUACGAGUGACCGAUGGGUCUGAAGUGAGCGAAUUUGCACUCAGCAGUAGUUUGCAUUUUCUGGGCUACCUACUUGGCGAGGAGGCCUACCAAAGAGAUCCCAGGGCCUGGUCCAACAAAUACUGCGAGCAAUGGUACGAGGAGGACAAAAAGAAGGGGGAGUUCGUGAACGACCUGAAUGCCUGCCCGUGCUCUCUGGAGCAGGCCCUGGCCGACCAGGCCCGCUUCGUGGCCAGCCCUUACUGCGACUCCACCAAGCAGCCCCCUGAGCGACUGGAGGCGCUGGACUACUGCUUCGCCCGGCCAGAGAUUAAGCAUUGCGUGCUGGGCGUUUUCAGGCAUUCCACUGAGGCUGACAGCGAAUGCUGCUAUGACGGGGCCGGCAACCUUGUCUACGCGCAGGACAGCAUCUACGGCAGCUUCUCCAGCCGCAUCAGCCGGUUCUCCGGGGCCGUCCCGGGCCUGUCGUCGGCAGCGACCGAUCUUGUGCCUUACAUCUUCUGCAACGUCAUAGGAAAGGACGACAACCAUUACUACCGACAGCUGAGGCCGACGCGGGACUGUAGGGAUUAUGAGCCGGUUCGGCCCGCGAUGGUGUACGGUGAUCCGCACUUUGUGACAUUCGACGACAUGGGCUACACCUUCAACGGCCUAGGGGACUUCAUUCUAGUCCGGACUGUGUCGCGCGACAGAUUCGAAGGGCGCUUCGUAAAGGUCAUCGAUGACAGUGGCAAUUUCCGCAAUGCCACGGUGCUGGCGGCUCUGGCUGUGAUGCAGGAGGGCCAGACAGACAAGAGGUUCGAGAUCAAGAGGGACGAGAUCACUCUGAUGACGCUCAGCGUGGGCCGGUCGGGGACGCUCCAGGACAUCAGGGGCAGCGACUACCAGCAGUAUCCAGAUUUUUUCGUGAUCUUCCCGGAGAAUGACGGCAGCGGCAUCGUGCCCAUAAUGAUCAUUCUGCUCCGGGAAUCUCAGAUUGGACUGGUGGUGGAGGCUUCGGAGGACGGGCUAUCAGCUAUGGUUCUGCUACCCUCAGAAUACAAGGGGAUGCACACGGUGGAAGGCCUGUUCGGUAACUGGGACGAGGACAAGAGUAACGACCUCAAGGGAUCUGACGGCCAGAGGCAAACGGACAUGACACCAGAGGCCAUCUAUGAAGGCUUCGGCCAAUCAUGGCGAACCGACGAUUCCCUCUUCACAGACCGCGAAGAUGUCGACGGUACCUACCGGCCCAUUUUCCAACCGCCGACCGGAGGCGUCUCUGAGCAAGAGCUGAAACGCGUCUGCGGGGAUGACAAAUCCUGCAGGUUCGACUACGCAGUAACGGGGAAGGAGACUAUGGCUAGGGGGACAGCUGAGGACGCGAUGUACUUUAAGAAAGCGAUGGCGGCUUCAAAUAAAUUGCUCAUGUGUCCGUUCCCGCCAACCCCUUCACACGGCGAGAAGAGAUUCGUCGGCGAAGCCCCCCAUCAUGCACCGGGUUCUACCAUCAGAUACGAAUGCGACAAAGGCUACAUCUUCCUCGGCAAUUCGCAGCGGGAAUGCAACGAGAAGGGCGAAUGGUCGGACACCUCGACUCCCUCGUGCACAGAGAUCAAGUGCGGUACCCUGAACGCUCCCGAGGACGGCAGUAUGGAGGUGACUGAGAAAGGCGGCGUGAUAAGCGCCACCUUCGAGUGCGACAAGGGCAUGAAGCUGGAGGGGAGCGAGAAACGAACCUGCGCAGCGGACAACAGGUGGACUGGGGAGGAAACGAAAUGCGUAGAGGAUGGCGGUGGCGGUAACACGGCUGUCAUUGUCGUCGUGAUCAUCAUCGUCAUUAUUGUCGUCUGCGUUGUUGGAGGAGGAGUCUACUAUUACCUCAAAAAGAGACGGAGCUCGGAAUCCAGGAGGGUGACGCGGCCGUCAGACAGCGCCUACAAACCCGUGGCGACCCCUGCCUCGGAGGGCAAGGACGUGGAGAUGGGGGUCAAGAAGGAUAAACCUGGGGACGAGGACAGCGACGUCAAGGACAAAGACAAGGAGGAGGGAGAAGAAACGAAGGCGCUGAAGGGCGAAGAAAAGGACUCCGAUUAGGAGCCCGUUGUCAGUUUUUUAAUUGCGAACGAGACAGCUCGUCAUUUUGCGGAGUUGUAUAGGCCUAUCGUGUGUCGGGUUGAUGUUGGACACCGGUGAAAAUCGGCCAAUCGUCAGAUUGAAAUUGGACAGCGUAUUCUGAAAAUAGAUGAAUAAAUAAAAAUUAUCCUUGUCAGCUGAUUCGGGGUUUUACGACAAAACGUAUAAUAAGUUGACAGAUUAUAAAAACGCUCUCUGUUGCGAUUGACUAAGCAGUGACGCAUUUGCUGGAGAACAAAGAGCAGACUAUAUGUAGACAAAAAAAAAGAUUUUACAGAAGUGAGCAGAACCACCCCCUCAGCGGUUGAAAAUAGCCACGGUGGCGGGGAGUGUUCAGUUUGUUGGUAGCCAUGCGUGCGUUUUGUGGUCGAUUGUGAACCAUGCGAAGUUCAGUUCCUAUCAAGGAGCCUUAGUCGCAAGAAAAGUACGCCUUUUCUUGGGCUGGCUUUGGGCUCAGUAGGUUUUUAUUUGCCUUUUUUCAGCAACAAUGUCUCAAGACACUAAACGCGCAGUGGUUGGGAUUUUCAUUGAUAUAUGGGGGGAAAUCAAUCCUGACCAAUUUAUUGCGUCCAUGAAUAUGUGACGCAACGAAGGUAAAUUAGUUGUAAUUGGACUUUCAUUAUAAUUCUUUCUUUCUUAGGAUUUGAGAAUAGAUGUCAGCAAAAUGCUUUAGGCGUCCAUUGGCCUCUUUGUUUAGUAGUUAUCAAGCGGCCCUUUUGUGACAAAUGAAACUUGGUUUUGCUAAUUAUCAAUAUUCAGUGUAUUUGUAAAUAGAUUUGUUUCUUUUUCGCUCACCGCUGGGAUUAGAAAACUCAAUGUUAUUCGUUUAAAAAAAAGGCAAUGAAAUAAGUGUUCCUUGAUGGCAAGGCAGGCAAUAAGGACUAUUUUAAAACGUAACAAAGUAAUAUUAAAAUGAAACAAAGAAGUAAAAAGAGGGAAAAUGGGGAUUUUGAGUCAGUGGGUCCCAUUUGGCCAUUGCUUCAUGUCUAUCCAGUAUUGCUGCAGGGGUAUGUCACCACCCAGUCCUGGAAAGCUACCCAAAACAUGGUGAAGAUUGGCACUAUAUCUUUCGCAAUUAUCUGUUGAUGGUAGGCUACACUGACGUCAUUGGCGAAUUUUGGCUGGAGGCGAGUGGCUUGGUCAUACUCCCACCUUUGACCUUCUCCUCUAAGUGGCGACAAGACUUGUUGGGUCAUCUGACCAACAUGGCCGGCCAGCCAAAAUAUUAAUACCUGCCGGUGUGGAUAUAUUAUCGAUAUAAUUCUCCUCUGUAUCAUUUUUUAUGGCUCUUGCUGAGUUGCCCAGACUUCUUUGGUCCCUUUCAUUUCGGUAAAUCUAGAAAGUUAGUCGUAUUGGCCGUUUGUCAUUCGGCGACCUGUCGCACUGGUACUUUGUUAUACUUGUCUUUUAAUUCAAUUCGAUGGCUUUAGAAUUGUAGAGGGAUUUCGGCGCGCGAUGUCUGUGUAGAUAGCUUAUGCAAAAACCAUUGGCUAUUUAAAAAAAAGUACACAGUGCAAAUUCCGUUUUAAUCUUGAUCUCUUUCAUAUUUAUCCGAUACCUACUUUUUUAGCGCUUUUUGGUAUCGACUGUGAUUUCAAAAAUGCGGUACCGAUCUGAAUGAUGUUUGCUGUUAUAGCUGAUUGUUUCGAUUUGCAUGUUAAAAUACUGCCAGAGUUCGCCGUUGUUAGGAAUUUGUAAUAAUUAUGGAGGACGGUAUAUUCCGAGAUAAAUUUUUAGAACAUUGCUGUGAAUGACAAUUUUUGAAUAGUAGAAUGAUUGUCACCUGCACGUUGUUUCUAUGAACUUAAAAUGGCCUAUUUUGCAAAGUGUUGAUUAUGAAAGUGUUGAUUAUGGCUUAAAUUGGCCUAUUUCGCGAAGUGUUGAUUAUGAUUAUUCCCAUAACACAAUAAUACUUUAGGUGUCAUAUCGUGCAAUUCCAGUUUUAGAAAUAACUAAUGCAUGGUAUCGACGGGAAGUAAAAUUCCUUAGCUUUGCACUGCCACCACUGUUGGGAAACCCUGUCUCGAAAAUAACUUUGCUUGAGUAUUGAGUUUGAAUAAUCUUGAGAAUCAGUCAACACUACGUCCCCGGAUGAGACCCUUCGUUCCCACGUCGGGCAGUUUAGAUAGGUUAGCGUAUUACUAGAAGGUUUUGAAACUAAGUGUGAUUAAGUUAGGUUGAGUCGUAUUCCUGUUUAAGGGUCUCAAGGUUUCUACACUAAUCCAUAGGAGUAGCUAUCAAAUAGGUACCAGUUGGGGUGAUUAGUUAAUAUUAUUAGGGUUUCAAUUUUACAACUUAUUGUAUCGCGUUAAAACUCGUAUCUCAUAUCUGGAUACGUUUAAUCCUAUGACCUGAUUGUGCGUUCAGUGGAAGAAGAAUAUAUUGUUUUUAUUAAUUUGUGUGAAAAAAUACGAUAGACAGAAGUAUGUUUUUCAAUUCUUUGUAUGAGCAACUGAGUCCCAGGAAAACCUAAAUUUCAAAAGGGACCUAUAGUGUUAAAAAUAUAUAUAUAAAUUGAGAUGGAAUGAAAUUCUGAGUAAAGACACUAAAUGAAGCGAGAUAAA